AUGGCUUCGCGUGCGCCAACUGCAGGAGGCGCAAGGCCCGCUGCAACGGCAAUCUGCCCAGCUGCGAUCGCUGUCUCGCCAACAACGAGACCUGUUACUUUGACAACCCUGCAGGAUCGUCUGAAGAUGUUCGAGACGAUACUCGAGCGCUUACGGACGGCAAGCCCGGAGGAGCGCCUCAGGUUGCUGGACGAGCAUUUUAGCAAGGAGGCGACUGCAUCGUCAAAGCCUCCCAGGGCAUCAAACCUCAAUACCCGUCAACAGAAGGAGAGUCCUCGAUCGGAAGUCUCGACCGAAGACGAGGUGACCGAGCUUCUCAAUGAGACUUCCGUCGGCGAAGACGGCCGCAUCUGCUUCUAUGGAAGGACGAGUCUGUAUCAUCUUCAGCCAGAACAGAUCACGUUGACUCGUCGUCCAAGUGGGUCAGAAAUCGUCGUGGAAACCAGACCUUAUGGCCCGGCCACUCGCAAAGAAAGCAUCUACAGUCUUGCCGCUCCUUCUCCAGCUCUGAGUCAGCAGUCAGAACUGGGGUCCAUUAUCAACUCGCAAAUCUCCCAGGAGCUGGUCAACGAACUUCUGGACGUGUAUUGGUGUUGGCCACAUCAUCUCCAUCUGGUGCUCUGUCGUAAACUCUUUAUGCGCGAUCUUGCCAAUUCCGGGCCAUACGUGACUGUAUUUCUGUUGAAUAGCGUCCUUGCACAAGCAGCCCGGUUUUCCGACCGACCAGAUGCAUCGCAGCUCAGCGAAUAUUUCGCCAAAAAGGCACUUGGCUGCCUCGCGGAGGAGAUCGAUAAAGGGUCCUCCAUUCCAACUCUGCAAGGUCUGCUGGUCUUAUCCGCCCGGGAAUGCGCUUCUGGGAGAACCUCUCAGGGGUGGCUCUACUCCGGGAUGGCAUUCCGAAUGAUGCGUGAUCUUGGAAUCCACAUCCACCCCAGAUCGCUCAGCCACCUUGUGGGCCAGUUCUCGGACGAGGAACUCGCCCUACGUCAGCAAAUCUUCUGGAGCUGCUACACGUGGGAUAAGACCAUGAGUCUCUGCCUUGGGCGUGCGCCCACAAUCCACGACAUUAUGCCUGUGCCAUCCCCAGAUACCUGGCUGGAUGGCGAAGAAGCGGAAAACGAACUGUGGAAACCCAAACUCUUCGAGUCCUCUUCGUCGGAUGUUGGUGUCUCCCAAUUGUCUCGGACGAACAGUCGAUUCUCCGCUUACUGCAAGCUGUGCAUUAUGAUCGAUGACAUCUUGGAUACUCUGUAUUCCAGACCUCACGCGGGGCAGAACAAUCUCUCCGGCUACCUGGAUCGUACGAUCGAGAAGUUGGAGAACUGGGCCAAGGAGCUUCCGUCACAUCUUUAUAUCAACGCAGAUUCGCGUACUGUACCUUGUCCGCCGCUUCACAUUCUCCUUUUGAAUCUGCUCUAUCAUGCGACCAUCAUUUUACUAUGUCGUCCAUACCGUCCAAAGACAGCCAAAGCUCGAACGCUGGCGACGAAAGCAGCGGAGAUGAUUGACGGACUUAUGACGCUACAUGUGAAGCGCUUUGGGUUCCGAGCUCUCACCUAUCUGGAGACGUACACCGUCUUUGUCGGCGCCACUAUUAAUAUUUUGGACCUGAAAGAGAGCAAGGGCGAAAAAGCAGAGACAGCAAGUGCCAGAUUGGCGUUCAAUAUGGAGGUCCUGCGGAACGCCCGCAGCACACCUUCCACAAUGCGAUGCGUGGAGAUCAUUCAACAGCUUGUCCGAAAGAACGGGUCUGGCCAGGAGGGGAACGCAGACAACGAAGGAUAUCGUUCUUCCAGCCUGAACAGAAACCAACAUGGAGCUGCUCCUCCCCAGUCGAUGCCAACUCCGCCUGACUCGAUUGUGUCUGGCCAAGCACCACAAAACCCCACGUCAUUCGAUUUCCACCAAGUCCGAUCAGAUGAUAUGUCCUUUUUACACAGCAUGAAUGGCAGCAAUCUAAUGGAUAUGCCUCUUCAGCAUGACCAGAUGCAGCUCCUGUCUACUCUACAUCCUUUUGCCUCAUCAAACGCCAUCCCAAACAUGCAGGCGAAUAAUGCUGGCUCCGCCGUCGAGACUCCCCUGCGCUGGCUCCCAGACAACGUUCGCGAUGACUGCAGCUGGAUGAUGAUGGAUAUGGAUUUCGCCGGGAGUUUUGGUGACGGAACUAGGAGUGCCAUGAACCCGUAA